AAAAACUAUAUAUUAUAAAAGUUUAUUUCAAGAAGUGUUAGCCAUGGCCAUCUCCAAAUUUCUUCUUGUUACUAUGGUUUUGAUUUCUCUACUUGUUUUUCGUCUUGUGGAAGCUUAUGGCAACGGUGACGGUGACAAUCUAGCGGUGCACACGGCUGGACCAGAGGGUGCUAACAACCCUACUUACAUCCCUACAUCAGAGUGUGGAACAGCAUGUGAGGCAAGAUGUAGUCUAGCAUCAAGACAUAAAAUGUGUUUGAGAGCAUGUGGGACUUGUUGCACUCGUUGUAAUUGUGUGCCUCCAGGAACCUCUGGGAACCAAGAUCUUUGCCCUUGUUACCGUGACAUGCUCACUCAUCAUGGCAAGCAUAAGUGUCCCUAAAUAUAUAUAUAUACACAUAUACUUAUACAUAGUAAUAUAUGUAUGACAUAAAACUUUUAAGAAGUGAUCUAAAUAAAAUGCGAUAAAUUUUAGGAGA